AUGCUGUUUCUCGAGACAGGCUUCACACUGGACGAGAAAAUAUCGACGUACUGCAACGACGCGUUGGAGCUCGGCUUGCAGUCAGCAGCAAACAUGUUGAAGUUCCUCGGCGAGCACGGUAUUCAUUCGAAAGGCGCACAUGCUGUCCUGAAGCAGAUGCGUGCGCUCUAUCGAGCCAGCGAGCUGAACGGCAAGAUUCAGCGCUACCGCAGUCUUCUCUGGUCCGGCGCGAUCGGUGAUCCUGCUCCUGGCUUCACACAAGCCAUUCUUGAACAAAAGCAGAAGCUGCGUGGAUGGUCGAACUUGGACACUGAAAGAGCUACCACUGCGAGUAGCGCAGCUCGCGCUCGUUCACGACUGCGGAUUCUCAACGUCGCAGACGGCAGCUGUCCUUGGCUUGUUACGCUAGACACCCACGCGUUCUGUGUCGAUUCCCAUUUGCCGAGCAAAAAAAGGUGGGUGGUUCCAAUUUCGGUCCAUGAUAAGUACGACGUACUUAAUGUGGACUUGUUGGACGAUGCGUCGGAGGGUCGACUUUACAUGGCAUGGCCGACGAUUGCUUCGCUGUGCGAAAAUUCGGAGAAACGAGAGACUAUUCGGCAGCGAACACGUGGCUGCCACCAUUGGCCGCAGUCAUGUCUCGGGUUCUCGUGUAUUCGACGAUGGGAUCACGAGCUCUGCUUUGAGGCGAAUUGCUUCAACACGGAACUGGAGCGAGCCGCGUAUUGA